AUGAUACGCGUGUGGAUGCUUUCAGGGGAAGAGCUUGCCCCGGUGGAUGUCGGGAAGUUCCCUAAUGUCAGGACCGGGGAAAGCUUUAAGCACCAUCUUCGCUGGCUUUACGACUUUCCUGUCUGCCUGCAAGAGCUCUUCAAGGACGGCAGCAAGUUGCAUGAUGCCUGUCAGCUGAAGACUCCAAGCAACCUUCAGCUGGUGUUGCGGCUUGCCUCCAAUGCAUCGCAGAAGGAGGUGGCAGACGAACUCACUGGCGAAUCUUCCAGGGGCAACGUGGAGGUUGUGAGGUUGCUUCUUCGGGCCAGGGCUGACAUGGAGCUGACUGACUCAAAGCAGAGAACGGCCCUCAUGAGUGCAUCCGAGAAGGGCCAUAUGGAGGUCGUGCGGCUGCUGGUCGAAGCCCGCGCUAACAUGGACCGGACUGCAAACAACAAGACAGCUCUCAUGACAGCAUCCGCAAAGGGCCAUUUUCACAUUGCACAGUUGCUCGCGGAAUCCUGCUGA